AUGUUUCGACUCACCCUUGUCACGGAAUUAAAAUUCCGACCACAAUUCGGCGCGAAAGUGCGAUCUCGCAGCACGGGCAUCAUCAUCAACGACGAGAUGGACGAUUUCUCGGCGCCGAACAUCACGAACGCGUACGGGGUGCCUCCGUCGCCCAACAACUUCAUCGCCGCGGGCAAGCGGCCGCUCUCCUCCAUGUGCCCGGCCAUCGUGGUGGACCCCGCGGGCCACGUGCGCCUGGUGACGGGCGCCGCGGGCGGCACCAAAAUCACCACGGCCACUGCCCUAGCAAUUAUCACCAACCUCUGGUUUAAUACGACUGUGAAGGAGUCUGUAGAUGCCAGGCGACUUCAUCACCAGCUCUUCCCCAUGUCUGUUCAGUACGAGGAAGGCUUCGAUGCGAACGUCAUUCGCAGUCUCCAGUCCUUCGGACACGUGAUGGAGCCAUACGAGGUGGGCAGUUCCUUCGUCUCCACCAUAGCUGUGAAUCGCAGUGCACCAUAUCAGCAGAUUUUCGCCAACAGUGAUUUCCGGCGCCUCGGGGUUGUGGCCGGUUUCUGAACAGCAACAUCCUAGCAUCAAGUUUUUGAGUAAAUGUGUGCCGAUAUGUGUGCGCACGCAUAUGCAUGUACGAGUGUGCAUUUGUAUAAACGUGAGUGCGUGUUUGUAUAAACGUGAGGAGAACCCCGCCACUUCUCACGAUGAACUCAGGGGCCUAGCUAUCAAGGGGAAAUUUUCUUCGACCGUAUUAACAGCUUUAGGAUCCCCGCUGACUUUUCGCCGCCAUUUCACCGCAAAUAUACCGUACGCGAGUAUGUACGCAUGAAUGCACGUGCGUGCGUUCCCCGAGGAACCAAGAAUUUCCAGCUGUGCUGUUUCUACUUCCGAAGGCACAGUUGGUACGAUGUUAUAUACAGUAUUUCGAUGGAGUAGGUAUUUACGUGACUUGCACUAAUUUGUAGUGGAAUCUAGUCGAAUAUGGCGCAUUUACAGGAAACAAGAGACCUUUGAAAAACGCAUACAAAAUUACUUUGUAUAUUAUGUCGAUAUUUGUCAUGGGAAUCCGUUUCUCUCUCCAAAUACAAUGAUAAACAAAAAUGUUUUCCAGAUAACCAAAAUGCAAGAUAUUUUGAAAAAAUUAAAAUAACUUUGUUAGUUCAAGUCAUGAUGAAAUCUGCAUUUCAUCGCUCGUAUUUGUGAUAUUUGUGAUAACAAAACUGUAAAUGAAUAUUACUUAUUGUCAGCACCCUGGACUUAAUUUAUCGCUAUAUGGUUCAAUAAAUCUCUCGUAGAAAUAAAAUAUUUAUCACACCUGCGAACUUCUGAAUCUCUCAUAAAAAAUGGGAUGAAAUUGUGUUUCCAGAUUCCUUUAUGAAUCUGUGAGCCAAGGUAUUUCAGAUUCUUUUAUGUUCAAAAUUUAACAGGUGAUCUCAUUUUGGUUAAGCAUAAUUCAUUUCGCCCUUUUUCCUUCAGAGUAUUUUUUCCUUAUUUCAUUUUUAUCACAUUCCUUCGUUUGUAAGCUACUUCAUUUUCCGGUAUAAUACUACGUAAGCCGUAUCUAUUCUUUAUCGAGUUUCUCUUUUAUAUUUCAGUCACGCGAAGUUAAUGAAACAAAACAAUUCAACGAGGCGCUAAUUUAGAUUGAAAUUUUAAUUUACCCUUCACUAAGGAAAAUAAUCAGUGUCAGUUCUCCUUUCGUGUGCAGUAUGACCUGCAUAGUCAUAUGUACUUGUUAAUUACUAUCUUGUGUCACUGAAACGUUUGACCUAUGCCAUAUGGGAGUUCAAAUGUAUAUAUUUGAGAAUGUCUGUUAGAAAGGAAGAGCAAGACAAGAGAGAAAGUGGGAGAAAAGCAGUUCUGUGAAGAUACCUCAGAUGUAUACAUAGGCACAAUGUGACAGAUUCUAAAUUCGUUUUCUUCAUUAGAAUCGUAAUAUUAUCAUUCUUGAAAAAAUCUGUAUUAAAAUAAUUAAGAAGGCGCUCAGAGCCUUUGCUUCUGUAAAACGAUAUGUAAAUAAAGGGAAAUGAGUGUUUACA